AGGUGGCCUGGCGGUUUGGUCUGGAGCAGCUGAAACCGGUUUGAGCGGAGCCGCUUCCUGUAGCUUGGUGCUGCUGCGGGCUACCUGAGGGAGUGCUGGCGAGGUGCUGACGGCCGGUACCCGGCACCUGGGCCUGCGACACUGACUGUCGGGCGCGGCGUCGGUGGUGGCGCUGACCCGUGGACCCAGCAGCACGACAUCGUAAAAUAAAUCCAUCAGAAUGACACCUUCUCAGGUUACCUUUGAAAUAAGAGGAACUCUUUUACCAGGAGAGGUUUUUGCAAUAUGUGGAAGCUGUGAUGCUUUGGGAAACUGGAAUCCUCAAAAAGCUGUGGCUCUUCUUCCAGAGAAUGAAACAGGUGAAAGCAUGUUAUGGAAAGCAACCAUUGUACUCAGUAGAGGAGUAUCAGUUCAGUACCGCUAUUUCAAAGGGUGCUUUUUAGAACCAAAGACUAUCGGUGGCCCAUGUCAAGUCAUAGUUCACAAGUGGGAGACUCAUCUACAACCACGAUCAAUAACCCCUUUAGAAAGUGAAAUUAUUAUUGACGAUGGACAAUUUGGAAUCCACAAUGGUAUUGAGACUCUGGAUUCUGGAUGGCUGACAUGUCAGACCGAAAUCAGAUUACGUUUGCAUUAUUCCGAAAAACCUCCUGUCUCAAUAACCAAGAAAAAAUUUAAAAAAUCUAGAUUUAGGGUAAAGCUGACAUUAGAGGGUCUGGAGGAAGAUGAUGAUGAUAGAGUAUCUCCCACUGUUCUUCACAAAAUGUCAAAUAGCCUGGAGAUAUCCUUAAUAAGCGACAAUGAAUUCAAGUGUAGACAUUCACAGCCGGAGUGUGGGUAUGGCUUACAGCCUGACCGUUGGACAGAGUAUAGUAUACAGACAAUGGAACCAGAUAACCUAGAGCUAAUAUUUGAUUUUUUUGAGGAAGAUCUCAGUGAACAUGUAGUUCAGGGUGAUGCUUUUCCUGGACAUGUGGGUACAGCAUGUCUCUUAUCGUCCACCAUUGCAGAGAGUGGGAAGAGCGCUGGAAUCCUUACUCUUCCCAUCAUGAGCAGAAAUUCUAGGAAAACAAUAGGCAAAGUGAGAGUUGACUAUAUAAUUAUUAAGCCAUUACCAGGAUACAGUUGUGACAUGAAAUCUUCAUUUUCCAAGUAUUGGAAACCAAGAAUACCAUUGGAUGUUGGACAUCGAGGUGCAGGGAAUUCUACAACAACUGCUCAGCUUGCUAAAGUUCAAGAAAAUACUAUUGCUUCUUUAAGAAAUGCUGCGAGUCAUGGUGCAGCCUUUGUAGAAUUUGAUGUACAUCUUUCAAAAGAUUUUGUGCCUGUGGUGUAUCAUGAUCUGACUUGUUGUUUGACUAUGAAAAAGAAAUUUGACGCUGAUCCAGUUGAAUUAUUUGAAAUUCCAGUGAAAGAGUUAACAUUUGACCAACUCCAGUUGUUAAAGCUCACUCAUGUGACUGCAUUGAAAUCUAAAGAUCUGAAAGAAUCUAUGGUUGAAGAAGAAAAUUCCUUUUCUGAAAAUCAGCCAUUUCCUUCUCUUAAGAUGGUUUUAGAAUCUUUGCCAGAAGAUGUAGGGUUUAACAUAGAAAUUAAAUGGAUCUGCCAACAAAGGGAUGGAAUGUGGGAUGGUAACUUAUCAACAUAUUUUGACAUGAAUCUGUUUUUGGAUAUAAUUUUAAAAACUGUUUUAGAAAAUUCUGGGAAGAGGAGAAUAGUAUUUUCUUCAUUUGAUGCAGAUAUUUGCACAAUGGUUCGGCAAAAGCAGAACAAAUAUCCUAUAUUAUUUUUGACUCAGGGGAAAUCUGAUAUUUACCCUGAACUCAUGGACCUCAGAUCUCGGACAACUCCCAUUGCAAUGAGCUUUGCACAAUUUGAAAAUCUACUGGGGAUAAAUGCACAUACUGAAGACCUACUCAGAAAUCCGUCCUAUAUUCAAGAAGCAAAAGCUAAGGGACUGGUCAUAUUUUGCUGGGGCGAUGAUACCAAUGAUCCUGAAAACAGAAAGAAAUUAAAGGAAUUUGGAGUUAAUGGUCUAAUUUAUGAUAGGAUAUAUGAUUGGAUGCCUGAACAGCCAAAUAUAUUCCAAGUGGAGCAGUUGGAACGCCUGAAGCAAGAAUUACCAGAGCUUAAGAGCUGUUUGUGUCCUACUGUUAGCCGCUUUGUUCCCUCAUCUUUGUGUGGGGAGCCUGACAUUCUUGUGGAUGCCAAUGGCAUUGAUAAUGUGGAGAGUGCUUAGCGUUUACUGGGUGGAGACCAUUUGGGGCAUGCACCGCUAUUCUGGGUAUUCACUUUUCAUCACUAAGCACUGUUUAUGCCUUUUAGGUUUUCAGUCCAAUGAAGCAAUAAUGAAGUAUUUUCUAUUUCAUUACGGUUCUUGCUAGAAUUUCAAGUAUGCUAUUUAAAUCACUUGGCCAGGUAUAAUUACCAGUCAGUCUCUUUACAAUGAGAAUAUUUAUUUGUUGGUAAAUACUUUAAAUAUGUAAAUGGAUAAUGUUAAACAUAGAUUUUGGAAUUAGCUAUAUAAAUAUCUCAUAUUUACACUUACUACAGCUUUUUAUUUGAUCAGGUCAGAAAUACUUAGCACUCAGAAGACCAUGACUAUGCAUAAUUAUACCUGACCAUGGGAAAAAUAAGUACCUCAAAUGCAUGUAUUUGCACUGGUGAUUCCAACUGCACAAACCUUUGUGCCAUCUAUGUGUAUAAUGUAUUUUUCACAUGAAUUGACAUGCACACCAUUUUCAUUCAGUAUGAACCUUGAGGCUGCUGCCAUUUUCCCAUUUAACCAAACCAAUACCUAUGUAAAUAGCCUAAAGGUGAUCCUUGAAAACUUGUUUCAUAAAUCUUUCAGAAGUUAUUUUGCAUAAAUAUUAAAAUUCCAAAAAGCUGCAGGGUAACUUAAUGUACAAAAUAUUACAAGUAUGGAUUGCAGACUUCAUACAAUAGAUAAUAAUGUAUAAAUUCUAUUGAAUGCAUGCUUUCUGUUUUAAGCAUGAGACUACAUGUUUACUGUAAGUCCUUGCAUCUGUGGUGCUAGGUGAGUGUGAGAAGGUGUCAAGGACUGAAAAAAUAUUUUGUUGCCUAAAAAAAAAGGAAAAAAAAGUUGUCUGUAGGCAUGUUAAAUAUGCUUAAGUGUGUCUCUCACUACCUAUUACACACCAUUGCUUUGUGGAUUUGUUUUAUGUAUGUGUGUGUUGUACAGUAGAUAAAACCCUGUGCAAAAAAUAAAUGUCCUGAAUUCUCAUUGGUAUUCUUUAUUGGUUAAUGAAUAUCAUGCAUGUAAUUUAUUUAGAAAUGUAGAAGAUUCUACUGUAUGUGUAUGCGUAUUAUUAGGAUUAUAAAAAGGUUUCUUUCAUUAGAAGCAGAUUGUUUUGGCAUAACUAACUUAUGAGUGAAUGUUAAAUAAAAUACACAGAUUUAUUUUCUUCAUUAUAAAAUGAAAUUUCAAGAUGUUACUUGUGUAGAAUUGGUCCUUUACUAUUAUUAUGAGAUACUGGAAUUUAGUGUCCAACCUGAAAGGAUGGCUUAUUUGCAUACAGCUUUUACUUCAUGUAGGCAGUUUAUUCAUUACUGAUACGAUUUGGUAGUAGCUGAGAACCUAAAACUUGGGUUAUAUGUUGUAUCUUUACUUUUUUAAGCUGAGUAGUGCAGUUUUGGUCAGAUCUUAAUUGUGUGAAGAUAGGCUUUAAAAUCCUAUGGUACUGUUUGUAACACUGAUAUUUAAUGGAAAAUAGUUUAGGAAAUAGAGUUUUCUGCAGGGAUUUUAUAUACUUUUCUCAUGUUGAAAGAGAUUUUGCAACACUUUGUGUGGAAGUUAACUUGGUGUGAAUUAGGCACUUUUAGAAAACUUCUGAAAAAGAAUUACUUUUUUUGAUCUACAGACCUGGUAUAAUGCAGUUACCAUUACUUUAUGAUAACUUGAUUAGCCAUAUGUGUAUUUCUAGUCCUGUUUGUUGGCUCCUCCCCUGUGCCUUUUAGUUCCAGCUCCAUUUUGAAGACUUGCAGAUCAUGAAUGGAAAGAAGAGGAACAGGAAAGGAAGUGAUGUAGGGGUCAGUUUCCUCAACAGUACAAUUUGCUGAGUAGAGCUUACAGCCGCUGCUCGUGACAAGGACAGAACCUCACUGCUCAGUUUCUCCUGUCUCUUUCUGACCUUAUAAACACCAGGGUUAGUAGAUGAUUAACUCAUAGCUAGCAGUAGCUUCCCUUUUUAUAGGACUAAGUCCUGGCUUCCAUAUCACCAGCUGUUGCCCCAUAUACUCUGCUCUAGCUACACUGUGCCUGUGUCGGGCCCUCGCCAUGCCGUAUUCCCACACUGCUCCCUGUCUGUAGCCAUGUGCCUUGCCUGGAAGCCUUUUCUGCCCCUGAUACUUUCUCCCUGCUCACACUCAUUUCUCCUUUAGCCCUUCAUCGACCUCUCUGCUGCACCGUUGCCAAAACUUAGGAAGGGAUAAAUCCACCUUUUUUUACUCCAUGGCUGAAUGUUCAUUCCUUGAUCAUGUCAUGCAUCACGGUACAUUCUUGGUAGACACAGUUAAUGUUUGCCUCACCACGCUGCAGGCUCUUCAAGGGUAGGGACAUCGUUUUACAAAUUUUUAUUUCCAUAAUGCAUGGGGACAUAGUAGAAAAGAAGUGCUGGAGUUUUGAGGAUAAUAUAAUUUGUAUCAAAUGUACUUUUGAGUUAAGAGAUUUAAUUUACUAAGAAUGUAAACUUUGCGUUGGUUUACAUUUUGGCAGUGAGUUGGUUUACAUUUUGGCAGUUGGAAGAGUUUAUUAAUGUCAAUUUAAAAUGUAGAAGUAUAAUGUUAAAUUAUUUUUAUAUUUUUUUGGAAAUCGAGUGAAAUGUUUGAUAAAAUGCUGCCAUUGUUCUUUGAUUUUUUUCCAUUAUCUGGAAUUAUGUACUGUAACUGAAUGUAAAUAUGAGGAACACAGUUGUUCAUUCCUGUGUCAGUGGUGCCUGAGGGCUGCCACCGCCACCUGUUUACCUCUCUCCCAUUGCUCCUUGUGACAUUUGUCUUUCUUCUCCCCUCCGAAGCCCAUACUUAGGCCUACCUCAGCACCGCUUUCCUUGACUUCCUUCUGCGUUCAGCUCAGGUGCCACCUCCUCAAAAACCAUUCUUCUGCUUUUGAUCAGAAUCAUGAUGCAAACAAGUACAGCCAGCCUCUAAAUCUCACAGUUUUGCAGCUGGGGUAGUAAACCCAGACAAAUUAACUGACUUACUGGGUCGGGACUACAACUGGGCUUUAUGACUCCUAGUCCCAUGUUCUUGGACAAUGCUGCCCUCUGAAGUUUUGUGGCGUUUGUUAGCAUAUGCUUUCUUGUAGUCCCACUUUUUAUGUGCCUGUUCUAUUUCCCUUACAAGAUUGUAAGCCCCUUAAGGGCAAGGACCUCUUUGCAUUUCUAGCACUACAUAGUGUUCUAUACUUAGAUAUGAACUAGAUGAAUAAAUGGUGGAGACUACAAUCCUAGUUUCCUAACUCA